AUGAUGCACUGCGAAAUCAGCUUUGGUUACCAAGUUCCGUACUUCCUUCGACUCCUACGACCCAUAUCAUUGUUUGAAUACGUCCGCGGAAUUGAAAAAGAGCGAUUACUGAUUACAGCCAUGGAUAAAUGGUCGAAAUUAAGACCACGGCUAGUGCUGUUAUUGGAACUCUUUUCUUCCCGAGUCUUCGAAGUUCUCCCAGAUGACAUCCUCGAAUUUUCAAGCGAAUUCUUCUCAGAACUCAAUUCCAAACCAGAUAAAUGGGAAAUAUUUAAUGACAGGCAUCGGGCGGAGACGGCUAAACUCCCCUAUACAGUCCAACUAAUCCCAACCUCUGGUACACCAGCCAAUGUUCAACCAGACAGAGGUACUCCAAUAUGUACGGUUUCACCUGCGGAAGCUCAACAACAGUCUAUGACGGAUGUAAGCGACGAGUACACAGGUGGAUCCGGCAGCCUGCUUGCUGUGGAAGGUCAAGAGGAAAUCGCUGCGGAAAGUUUUGAUCCUGAGGUCGAAGAUAGCGGAGAAUCUGUCAUCUACCCCAAAACGGCUGCUCAAAGGCAAAGGAUCAACGAAGCGAUACAGUCCAUUUUUAUUUUCCGUUCACUGGACGAGACUCAGCUGAACAAGGUAGUGGACGCCAUGGAAGAAUUCCCCGUCCAUAAAGAUCAGGUAAUUAUCCGACAAGGAGAGGAUGGAGAAUACUUCUACAUAAUUGAAAGGUUAGGAGUUGAUAUUCAACGCACUUCGCGACUUAAUGGGGCGUUUUUGUUCCUUUCAAGUGGAUCUUACGACGUGUUUGUUGAAGAACAACCGGCAGGGAUCUACAACGGUGCUGGAUAUUUUGGAGAGUUGGCCUUGAUGUACAACACACCCCGAGCUGCAACGAUCAAGUGCACUUCAGACGGAAUUCUGUGGAGAGUGGAUCGCUUCACCUUCCGCAGAAUUGUUUUGAAACAGGCCUUUCGCAAGCGUCAGCUCUAUGAAACCUGGCUUUCCAAUGUCCCGCUCUUGAAGAACCUCAACUUUUACGAACGUAAAAACCUGGCUGAUGCACUGGUUAGUGUGACGUUCGAAGAUGGCUCGUGGAUUGUGCGGCAGGGCGAACCGGGUGAAGUGAUGUACUUCAUUGAAGAAGGAAACGUACAAAUCUCCGUUAACACAUCGGCGUCUGCCAUGGCUGUUGGGAAGACUGUGCUUGCUGCUCUAGAUGUGCGGAGUUUCGAGCGUCUGAUGGGUCCAUGUUUGAACGUGAUGCUCCGCGAGGCCGGGCAAUAUCGGUCAGAGCUGAUCAAUAUCCUCGGCGAAGCUAGUCUCAACAGCUUUUCGGCGCUCGCUCGUCUGUCCACCUUCUCCACUGAAGAAGAUGCGACCGCCACAAACAAGGGUUUUUGAUGUGACUACCCAAUACACGUAACAAUAUCUCAAAACCGUUGUUGUUUAUGAGUACAAGUUGAAGAGCCACACAGUAUAUGUAAUACUUUGACACUUUAUCAAUGAAAUAUCGAGCCAUCAUCCCCUUCUUCAUAGUGCGUGUUAUGCAUACUGCUUCAACCAAUUCAUUUUCCAAAACCAAACACUCUAUCUAACUUUCAGUGUCAUAGCAAAUACUUUUGCUUGUCCAUAUCAUGCCCCGUAGCCUUUGGCCUGACGAUUUUCGUGCGGUACGUUCUUGUGUUUUUGCAAACGAAAUCACCUUGUGCAAUUCAUCUAACCGAAUAGUUUUGUGAACUGACCUGAUAAGUCAUUUUAAGCUUUCCUUUUGUCUCAGCAUUCCUAGAUUGUGAAUUUCUACUCAAUGUUUAAGAUACAUUUUUU